CCUUUCUGAGCUCAUCAUCUAUACCUCGACCGCGAGGCGAGGCCCCUCUCGCACGACUGAAUAAAGCCGCUUGUUUUCAGACGCACAUCCAGAAUGUGUACUUAAGAAAUAAGCAAAAACGGAAGGGCCGUUUUGGAGCAGCCGUUCCUAAAUCUUAAUAUUUUUGGAACGCGUUGACCACAGCUCCCAUCAUUCGCAACUACCACCCCCCUCGUCUCCAGACGACGUUACGGGGGCCUUGGGAAUCCUACUCCAAACUUUCGGACGAUGCCAGAUGGGGGAAAAGGCGUAGUAAGGCAUUUCUUCCACCGAAAGACUAUGAUAUAACGUGCUAUGAUUUCCACCACUGACCAAUACAUAGACACGUGUAUGCAUGUGCGAACGUUUUGGUGGAGAUACCGCUAGGGGGGUCUGUUUCUUCUGCUUAAGCAGCUCACACGUACUAUUAUCGGGAUUUAAAACCAGUGCGCCUAUUAGUAGAUUUAGACUUAGACUAACUUUAUUGUCACUUUGAAUGUACACUUAAUUUCUACACUAGUUUUAAAAAACCCUGAAGAUUAGUAAAUCUUGUUUAGCUGCAAUGUUUUUCCCUAAACUUUCAUGGAAAGAAAAGUUAAAUGAUUUUUUUCUAAUCCAGCCAGUAACUACUCAUCGGGCUACGCAUCGGGCAAGCCAAUCGCGUAGGCAUACCGUUAUGAGUAAAUAUCAGACGAUCCCAAGAUUCCCGCUGCAUUUCUGCUUCCCUUCUCCGGUCCCGAAGAUAGCUCUAUUUGCCACCCACCCACCCACAUCCUACUGCAACCACUUGGACGGAGCCCCAGGAGUGUGGCGGGACGACACCAUUCGGACCCUGUCUCCUCCCUCCAAGGAGGGCGGUUCCGGGCCCCUCCGCUUAGUCUGCCAACUAAGGGAACUCUAAGUUUACUCAAUUGCUCGGUUUGAAACGGAGACCGGGGAGAUCUUUGUGCCCGUGGCUAUCCGCUACUUGUACUAGCGCCUUCGAGGGGGAAGCUAUGCUCCGGGGAACGCGGAGAUUGCUGAUCGUAAAACUGCGAGCUAAACAGCCCGCCUUUCCCGUGUCGUCUUCUCGAGAUUUUGCUUGCACCACUCACAGGUGGGAACAAAAGCCAUCUUCUGUGGAAGCAAAGUGGAAAGACACAGCAGAAACGGUAAUUAUUGGAGGUGGUUGUGUUGGUGUCAGUCUUGCCUAUCAUUUGGCCAAGGCUGGCAUGAAGGAUGUACUUUUGUUGGAAAAAUCUGAACUCACUGCUGGAUCUACUUGGCAUGCAGCAGGUUUGACAACAUAUUUCCAUCCUGGAAUAAAUCUAAAGAAAAUCCAUCAUUACAGCAUCAAGCUUUAUGAAAAGUUAGAGGAGGAGACAGGGCAGGCUGUGGGGUUUCAUUGCCCAGGGAGUGUUAGAAUUGCGUCAACACCAACAAGAGUGGAUGAACUUAAAUACCAAAUGACUCGAGCAGGAUGGCACCCCACAGAACAAUAUCUUAUUGAUCCAGAAAAAGUGCAAGAAUUAUUUCCGUUAUUAAACAUGGAAAAGGUUUUAGCUGGUCUGUACAAUCCUGGAGAUGGUCAUAUAGAUCCUUAUUCUCUUACUAUGGCCUUGGCUGCAGGAGCCAGGAAAUAUGGAGCUCAGUUAAAUUAUCCAGUUCAAGUAACUAAUUUAAAAUGUAGACUAGAUGGAACAUGGGAAGUUGAAACUCCACAUGGAACAAUUAAAGCAAACAGAAUUGUGAAUACAGCUGGUUUCUGGGCUCAAGAAAUAGGUAGAAUGAUUGGACUACAUCAUCCACUUAUACCUGUUCAUCACCAAUAUAUUGUUACUGGAACUAUCCCUGAAGUGAAAGUCUUGAAGAAGGAAUUGGCUGUUCUUCGUGACUUGGAUGGUUCAUAUUAUCUAAGACAAGAAAGAGAUGGCCUUUUAUUAGGGCCAUAUGAAAGUCAGGAAAAAAUGAAACUGCAGAAAUCUUGGGUAGAAGAUGGAGUCCCACCAGGCUUUGGAAAGGAGCUUUUUGAAUCUGAUUUAGAUCGAAUAAUUGAUCAUGUCGAGGCGGCUAUGGAAAUGGUCCCUGUCCUGAGAGAAGCAGAUAUUAUCAAUGUAGUUGCAGGUCCUAUAACAUAUUCUCCAGAUAUUCUGCCAAUGGUGGGACCACAUCAGAGCGUUCAUAAUUACUGGGUGGCCAUUGGUUUUGGGUAUGGAAUCAUUCAUGCUGGUGGUAUAGGAAAGUAUCUUAGUGACUGGAUACUCAGUGGAGAGCCUCCUUUUGAUCUGAUUGAAGUAGAUCCAAAUAGGUAUGGAAGGUGGACAACUACAAAAUACACAGAAGCAAAAGCAAGAGAAUCGUAUGGUUUCAAUAAUAUUGUUGGAUUUCCUAAAGAAGAAAGAUUUGCUGGGAGACCUACAGAAAGAAUCAGUGGGAUUUAUGAAAACCUUAAGUCUGAAUGCUCCAUGGGAUUCCAUGCAGGCUGGGAACAACCUCAUUGGUUUUACAAACAUGGGGAUGACAUUGGAUACAAACCUAGUUUUCGACGCACAAAUUGGUUUGAACCUGUAGGUCGGGAAUAUCAACAAGUGAUGGAAAAAGUGGGUGUGAUUGACCUUACUCCUUUUGGCAAGUUUAGCAUCAAAGGCAGUGAUUCAGUUAAACUUUUGGAUCGUCUGUUUGCAAAUGUGGUCCCAAAGAUGGGUUUCACAAAUAUAAGUCAUAUGUUAACCUUCAAAGGCAAAGUCUAUGCUGAACUCACAGUCUCUCAUCUGAAUCCAGGGGAAUUUUUAUUAAUUACUGGUUCUGGAUCAGAGCUUCAUGACUUAAGAUGGAUUGAAGAAGAGGCACUUAGAGGACAGUACAAUAUUGACAUCAAAAACAUUACAGAUGAAAUUGGAGUACUGGGUGUAGCAGGUCCAUAUGCACGGAAAGUUCUCCAGAAAUUAACUUCUGAAGAUCUUAGUGAUGCUGCAUUUAGUUUUCUACAAUCCAAGCAUUUAAGCAUUGGUAACAUUCAUGUUACUGCAAUUAGAAUUUCUUAUACAGGUGAACUAGGAUGGGAAUUGUACCACAAACGAGAAGAUACUGCAGCUCUAUAUUCUACAAUCAUGGAUGCUGGAUGUGAAGAAGGAAUUGACAACUUUGGAACAUAUGCAAUGAAUACUUUACGUCUAGAAAAAGCUUUUCGUGCCUGGGGAGCAGAGAUGAAUUGCGACACAAAUCCACUGGAAGCUGGACUGCAAUAUUUUAUCAAAUUAAAUAAGCCAACAGACUUCAUAGGAAAGAAUGCAUUGAAACAGAUUAAAGAAAAGGGGCUUGAACGAAAACUUGUGUGCCUCAUCUUGAAAACAGAUGAUGUUGAUCCUGAAGGAAAUGAAAGUGUCUGGUAUAAUAACAAGGUUAUUGGCAACACCACAUCUGGAUGUUACAGCUAUAGUAUUCAGCAAAGUCUGGCUUUUGCAUAUGUUCCUGUGGAGCUCAGUAAAGUUGGACAGAAGCUGGAGGUUGAGUUGCUAGGCAAAAAGUACUCGGCAAGUGUUGCUCAAGAACCACUGGUAAUGACUGAACCAACAAGAACACGGCUUCAAAAGAAAGGCGGAAGUUCUAAAGUAUAAAUAAAGGAUCACAUAGUUAUCAUGAUUGACAAUUAAGAUGGGAUUAACUUGAUUUGAAAUAUUUCUAUAUUUGAAAUUGCCAUGUGACUUGAAUCACAUAAGAUAGAAAAUAUGAAAGAGCUUAUCUGAAGUAAAAGAUAUAUUGUGAAUAUUGGCAUUUCAUUUGGAAAAAAAUGUAACAACAACAAUAAUCAUCCAUAAGAAUGUAUUCAAGAGGAAAAAAAAUCAUGUUUACAUACUUAAAACAUUCAAUAGUGUUUAGUAGGCUCAUUCAAACUGAUUCUAAGAACACUGAUUUUAUCUGUAUGCCUAUAUCCAAAUUAUUUGUACAUUUAUUGUGUUAAGCAUUUGACUAUCUGCCAGAAAUAUAAUAGCUUAUCUCUAAAUAAUUGAUGGGUAAUUCUGAUCUUAGGCAGAAAUUACUUCCAUUGAUAUCUUUAAAAAUCAAGGGGAAAAGAAAGAGAGAAGAAUUACAACUUGCAAAGCAGUGUAGUAAAAAGAAAACAAGGUUUUUGCAAAGCUACUGUUUUUAUAUUGCUGGAACAAAAUAUUAGGUUACAGGUAGUCCUCGAGUUAUGUCCAUAUGUUUAGCAGCUAUUCUGAGUCAAGAUGGUGCUGAAAAAAGUGAUUUAUGACCAGUUCUCAUUUUAACAACUGUCACAGUGUCCUCACAGUCAUGUGAUUGCAAUUUAGGCUCUUGGAAACCAGAAUAUAAAUAUUUUAUGAUUUGCUGAAUUCACUUAACCAUCACGGCAAAAAACGUUGUAACAUUGGGUGCAAUCCUAAAUUUAUUUCAAUCCCAAUUGUGGUUGUAAUUUGAGGACUAUUUGUGUAAAACUUCCUUUCCACAAUAACAAGCAGAUAAAAAUUCAACCUGUUUUGAAAAUAUACCAUUUCUUGAUGGGAUGGGAUAUGAGCAAUGCAGAAGAUGAAAGAAGUUUGUGCAUCAGUUGAAAGAAUUUCAGUUUGAAAGAAUUUCUUGAGUGCUUCCAUCUGCCACUUGAGCAUUAAGAGGGUGAUCAACUCCUUGUAAACAUUUUUUACGGAAACAAAGUAGCAGAAAAAUGGAUUUAUUGCUUUUAUUUAUGCUUGGAAUGUUUUAUAUUAGUAGAAAAGGGUGUUGCACUAAAGUAACAGAACUACCAUAGAAAGAAAAAGACCUUUUCUGGACAACAAAACAUUGUUGCUUGAAUGCUGGGAAAAUGUGAAUACUACCAUCUGGAUAUACUAUAAAAAAUGAGUAACAAAUGCAUAUCAAAUAAAUGUAAACAUCAUUUUU